CUUGAACCGCGACCUCCUCAAGGCCUCGAUUCUUACCCUACACAUAGAACGCCCGUUGAUCAAUAGCUCUGCUGUGUUGGAAGUAUGGAAGCUUACCGUCGAAGGCUAAUGGAACAAGCCACGCAGGACGGGUCAAUAUAUCCCGAUGUCACAAGGUCGCGCGAGGGAGGAAAACCCUCAUUUGCGGCGGCUCCAUGCGAAAGCCGACAACGUGAUAGAGAUCCGAGGACGCCUCCAGAAGUUAUCGAGCUUUCUGAUUCAGAGGACGAGCUCCAGGAAAGUCCACUUCGUGCGCAACCGAUGAACACGGCGAAGGCGCAGCAACAGCAUCGCGUACCUGUCCAUAUCCCGAGCAAUCGAGACAUUCCACGGGCGGUAUUCGACAUGCAAGUGGCAGACAACUUGUACGAUGUACCAAUGACUGCUGCCGAUACCGAGAAGGCGAUCCAGGAUCUCGUGUCCGGCGCGUUCGGUGAGACGGAGGUCGAUGCUUCGGUCGAAGACCUCAAGGUCCCAGGGCUGGACCCAAAGUUUACGUUGCUGCUGCACCAAGUCGCGGGCAGGAAAUGGAUGGCGGACCGUGAGACCGGCAAGGCGAACGGCGGUAUUCUCGCGGACGACAUGGGGCUGGGGAAGACCAUACAGACUAUCGUUCGCAUUGUCGAGGGACGGGCGAAGAAGCAAGAUCAGAAGGAGGCUGGUCACCGGCGACUUUGUAGGCAUAUAGAUGGUGUUUGUGGCAGGGUCGUCUGUCCGGUGGCGGUGGUGUCACAGUGGGCAAGUGAGGUUAAACGGAUGGCGCCCGGCUUGAUCGUCGUCGAGCACCACGGACCGAAACGCACAAGUGCUAGAACGUGCCACGUAGUAGCGUCGAGUGACUCGGACUCGGACAGCAGCAGCGUAGGUAGCUCGCUGCGUACGAAGAAAGCACGAGGAAACACUUCGAACGCAAAGAAGGAUGCACUGUUCCGUGUGCAGUGGUGGCGUGCCGUGCUCGGCCCACAAAUAAAGAAUCGUAACACGAAGGCGGCGACGGCCUGCUGUGCGCUCGAGAGCAAGUAUCGCUGGUGCCUGACGGCCCUGAACGACUGGCCGACGUUCAACUCGCAGAUCGCCAAGCCAGUAAAGGCGAACCGUACUACACGGGCCAUGAAGCGUCUGCAUGUUGUGCUGAGCGCAGUGAUGCUCAGACGGACCAAGACCACGAUCCGGGUGGUUGAGAUCGUUGACUGCGAGUUUGACGCUGUCGAACGAGCGUUCUACGACAAGGUCAAUGAGCUGGUGCAGAACAGGCUUGAGAAGCUAGAGCGACAAGGCGGGCUGCCAGCAACUAUACGUCCAUGCUCAUUACAAAAGGACAGGGAGGCGGUUGAACCGAAGGGUAGCAAGAGUCAAGAUGGCGACGACAAAGACGAUGCGGAUGACCUGGCGGACCAACUCGAAGGAAUGGGUCUUUCGGGCGUUGUGUCAUCGAACACCGGGGAGGAUGGAGCCUGCACUGACUGUGCACGUAGAGUCGACCACGAUUUGCCGCCAGACUCGUCCAAGACUCGCCAAAUUAUGGACAUCCUGCGAGAGAUCGACGAGCGCUCCGAUGGGAGGAGAGAACUAUCAUCUUUUCGCAAGCCCUUCCUCAAGGCAGAGGGCAUCGUAUAUGUGCGCUACGAUGGUUCCAUGAAUAAGGCUCAGCGCGAGUACGCGCUUGAAGCGAUCAAGAAGGAGGAUGGCCGUACCCGAGUUAUCCUGAUCUCAUUCAAGGCCGGAUCGACUGGUUUGAACUUGACGUGCUGCAACAACGUGAUCUUGGUAGAUCUGUGGUGGAACCCGGCACUGGAGGUCAGCGCUUCAGCCUUGUCGUUUGUGUAUGUUCAGCGAAGGCUAACGCAGCAGCGAAUCUUAGAACUACAAGACAAGAAGCGCGAGUUAGCCAAGGCGGCGCUGUCUGGAGACAAGAUGAAGAACAUGCGUCUCGGCGCGGACGAGCUAGCCGCGCUUUUCCGUCCGGGUGGGCACGACGAGGAUUCCGACUCAGACUAGGGAUCCCCACCGGACGGUCGUACUGAACGACUGUGCUUGUCGGCCUUGGCUUCUUUGUUUGCUGUCGUAUUCGUCCUUGCGGAUUUGACUUCUUGGUUCCGUAUGCUGCUAAGUUAGGAUAGACUAGGAUUAGGAUCAUACGGUGAUACUCGUGCCGUGCACUUGAACUACGGACCUAUUCGAUCAUCAUUGAUCCAUCA